UGAUUCAAUUUUAUAUGGGCUAGUGAUCCGUUAUUCGAUACUGAUCGUCACGUUGUUCAUAUCACAUGUUAAAGAUAUAUUAUAGCAACAUUAAUUGAUAAAUUGCCGAGUUUACUAAAAAAAUUAACAGAUUAUAUUCGAUGUUUCUCGGAUUUUAUCUAUGGAUACAAGAAUAAGGAGAUGGUAAAAUGGAAAAUGACGACACCGACCCAGCAAAACUCAAACCAAACAGAUCCAAUGAUUGCUAUUUGCCCGGACACGGGGAUAGACUGCUGCCUGCCGACUCUUUACAACAAUCGCGUAAACCAGGCGAACUCGGUGACAUUGUUAUCAAAUUCAGCAAGGUCAAUACGAACAAUGGUGAUAGAGAUACGAAUCUUAUCAUCACGAGGUCUGACGUGAAUGAUACUGAUGAAGACGAAGAGGAGGAGCAUGGUAAAUCACGUGAUAGUGACUAUUUCACAAGUCUCAGCUCGCCAUCACCCGAGUCACGUGAUGCGACAACCAGAUUGAGCAACGGGUCUGUUCGUGCGAACGGUCACGUGGUGCACUCGAAAUUGGGUGAAAAACGUUUCAAUGGAUAUGAAAGUUCAUCAGAAUCGUAUAAUGAACGAAUUUUACGUAGUUGCGCAUGGCCACUUUCCGAAGGAAGCAGUAGGCUGGAUAUUUCAACUAAUAAUCAUGAAAACUCAAUGGAAAAUACACGUGAUUCUCGUGCAGAAAGUUGCAAUAGUGAUUCUUCGGAUGAUAACGAUGCCGAUAGUGAGGAAAAGAAAGAAUUUAGUUUUAGAACGUUGACACGUGAUCAAAUAGCAAUACUUAUCGCAACGAGUUUUACAAACUUACUCAGUUUUCUUAGUCUCUCAAUAUUAGCACCUUUCUUCCCGAUCGAGGCGGAUAAGAAAGGCGUCAGUAGCACAAUCUCAGGAUGGAUAUUUGGAAUCUUUGCCCUCGUACAGUUUGUUUCAUCUCCUUUAUUCGGCCGAGUUUUACCAAUUGUUGGUUGUAGAUUUAUGUAUUUAUCUGGACUGUUUGUUUGCGGAGGAUGUACUCUACUUUUCGGUAUUCUAGACAAGGUAGAUGCCACUGAAAGUGAAGUUCUAUUUGUCACUUUGUGUUUUGUUACAAGAGUCCUGUUGGCUCUCGGCUGCACUGGUUUAAGUAACGCGGGCUUUGUGAUGCUGGUACGAUACUUUCCGGACAGCGUGGCCACAGUGUUUGGUAUAGGUGAAGUGUUUACCGGCAUUGGAAUGGUUACAGGCCCAGCCGUCGGGGGAUUCCUCUACGCCGCUGGUGGCUUUAUUCUGCCGUUUGCAGUGGUUGGAGGCAGUUCUUUUCUAGCUUUACCUUUAAUCUGGUAUUUUAUUCCAUUACAAAAUGAUAUAAAUGAAGAGAUCGAUGACGAUUUGCCGUUGUGGAAGAUGUUAAUACAUCCGCGAACUAUUGUCAACAGUAUUGUUGUCAUCGUUGCUGCUUCAGUAUGGUCCGUGCUUGACCCAACUCUAGAACCUCAUCUUCGAGUGUACGGUCUUGGUCCGGAGUUGGUUGGUGUGCUGUUUUUGAUAAUGGCGGCAUUUUAUUCCGUGACGUCACCAAUAUGGGGCCGCGUUGCCGACAAACUACCAGACAACAGAUUUGUACUGAUACCCGGUCUGAUGGUUUGUGCUGCAGGCCUUCUUCUGAUUGGUCCAUCCCCUGUUCUAGGAUUUGCAAUCAGUUUCAACCAGUUAUGGUUGACCAUAUUAGCUUUGAUCAUCCUGGGUGUUGGCUCCAGCAUGGCUGUUAUACCUACAUAUGAUGUUUAUAUAGAAAUA